AUGUCUAAUGCUUCCCUGCGGACCAAAGCUCCCAUCCUAAUAAACCGAGCCUGUUUUCUUGCUUUGCUGGAAAGAUGCAAAUCCAUGCCAGAGCUCAAGCAAAUUCACGCCCUCUUGAUCACCUUUGGCCUUUCCGACCACCACCCAUUUGCCUCCGAAGUCCUCUCCUUUUCUGCAGUCUCCAGUUCAGGUGACAUAGUUUAUGCUAAUCAGUUUUUCCUUCGGCUGUCAGACCCAACAAUCUUUAACUACAACACGAUGAUAAGGGCCUAUUCUAAUAGCAAGAACCCAAAUAAAUCUGUAAGUUUAUUUGUUGAUAUGUUGAGGGUUGGUGUCCUGCCGGACUACUUGACGUACCCUUUUCUUGCUAAGGCUUCUGCUCGGUUAUCGGAGCUGAGGCUCGGAGGGUGUAUUCAUGGAGUAAUACUGAGAAAUGGGUUUGUUUCUGAUCGGUUUGUUUCGAAUUCUUUGAUUCAUAUGUAUGGUUCUUGUGGUGACGCAAGGAGUGCCAGGAAGUUGUUUGAUGAAAUUCCUACUAGGAACUUGGUUUCUUGGAAUACAAUGUUGGAUGGAUACGCAAAGUGUGGAAAACUGGAUUUGAUGAAGGAAGUGUUUGAUUUGAUGCCUGAAAGGGAUGUUGUGUCGUGGAGCUCUUUGGUUGAUGGCUAUGUCAAGGGUGGGGAAUACAUGGAGGCGUUGGCAGUUUUUGACGGGAUGAAAGCUGAAGGACAGAAGGCAAAUGAAGUGACUUUGGUUAGUGUCUUGUGUGCUUGUGCUCAUUUGGGUGCACUUGAGCAGGGAAGGUUGAUGCAUCGAUAUAUUGUAGAAAACAGGUUGCCUUUGACUCUUGUGUUGACGACAUCCAUAGUUGACAUGUAUGCUAAAUGUGGGGCAAUUGAUGAAGCAUUGUUUGUCUUUCAUGGGUUUCCAAAGAGAAAAACUGAUGUAUUGAUUUGGAAUGCCAUCAUUGGUGGGCUCGCUACUCAUGGGUUUGUUCAGGAGUCCCUUGAGAUGUAUGUUGAAAUGCAGAGUUUGGGGGUCAGACCAGAUGAAAUCACUUACUUGUGCCUUUUGAGUGCCUGUGUUCAUGGAGGUUUGGUAAAGAAGGCUUGGUAUUUCUUUGACUCUCUUAGUAAAAAUGGUAUGACAGCAAAAGCAGAACAUUAUGCUUGCAUGAUUGAUGUUUUAGCACGUGCAGGCCUAUUGUUGGAAGCAUACAAACUUGUUUCUCAAAUGCCAAUUGAACCAACUGCAUCCAUGUUGGGCGCAUUACUCAAUGGAUGCAUACACCAUGGAGAUUUAAAUCUUGCGGAAGUAGUCGGAAAGAAACUUAUUGAGUUGGAGCCUGAUCAUGAUGGCAGAUAUGUUGGCUUAUCAAAUGUUUAUGCAAUUGGAAGACGCUGGGCUGAAGCAAGAACAAUGAGGGAAGUCAUGGAAACAAGAGGAGUGAAGAAAUUUCCUGGCUUUAGUUUUGUCGAAAUAGGGGGAACCCUUCAUAGAUUUAUUGCACAUGAAAAGAUGCAUCCCAAAUGUGAACACAUAUAUAUGAUUCUAGAUGCCAUUAUAACACAAAUGAGGCCAGCUACAGAUACUGAAACACAAGAACUUAUUUUAAAUCUUACUUUUUGACUUCUAGAAAACCCUUCAGUUUUAGCAUAAGGGGCAUAUCCGGCUUGUAGUAGGUCUCCGUUGGAAAGAGCACUUGAUUAUCUAUCAGCUGUCUGUGCUACUGGAUUUAGAUGAUUAUGUGAGUUUGGAGAUGGAGAAUAUAGUCUUAUGCGAUGUUCUUUCUCAUGUUUUAGUCGUUUCUACUUGAGAAAUUCUGGAGACUAUUGGAGCUUGUCCUCAAUAGAAGAGAAAAAUGAUUGGGUUGUUAGGAAAUAUUUUAUUGUAGUUUCUAUCACCAAUUUGCUUGU